AUGUCAUCAAAACGAACUCCAUCAAUUCUUGAAUAUUUUACAAAAAAAGUGAAAGACCAGGACUUAUCCCUUUCGGCUGAAGAUUCUAUAAAACAAAUGACUGAAAACUAUGAUCCAUCUUCAAAUCAAUUUAGACUUGAUAAGUCUGAGAAACCAUCAACCACAGACAAUUCAAUACCACCAUUAACAUCUACAACAAAUAACUCAGUAUUAUUAUCACCAACAAGAAAAAAUUAUACAAUAUCAUUAUCAACAAUAUCAACUACAAUUAAUUCAACAUCAUCAUCAGAACCAACAACAAACAUUUUUACAACAUCAUCACGAGCAGCAACAAAUAAUUUAAUAUUGUUUUCACCAACAAAAAGAAAAAAUAACUCAUCAUCAUCAUCACCAGAACCACCAACAAACAUUUCAACAUCAUCACGAGCAACAACAAAUAAUUUAAUAUUGUUUUCACCAACAAAAAGAAAAAAUAACUCAUCAUCAUCAUCACCAGAACCAACAACAAACAUUUCAACAACAUCAUCACGAGCAGCAACAAAUAAUUUAAUAUUGUUAUCACCAACAAAAAAAAAAUAA